AUGACUCCCAAAAUUCUCGUUGUCCUCACCUCUCACGAUGAGAUCCCCGGCGUCGGACCUACAGGCUGGUACCUGCCUGAGUUCGCUCACCCCCACGAUGUCCUGCACAGCAAGGCUUCCUUGACCAUCGCCUCGCCAAAGGGCGGUAAGGCCCCACUGGACCCUGGCUCGGCGAAGAUGUUCGAGUCCGACCCCGUCUCGAAGAAGUUCUUGGAUACUCAGGAGGCCCUGUGGACCAACACCCACAAGCUUGCCGAUAUUGCGCCCCGCGCUGGAGAGUUUGAUGCCAUCUUCUAUGUUGGUGGACAUGGACCCAUGUUCGAUCUCACCACCGACCCCAUCUCCAUCUCCCUUAUUGAGACCUUUGCCGCGGCCAAGAAGCCCGUUGCGGCCGUCUGCCACGGACCCUGUGUGUUCCUGAACACCAAGAACGCAUCUGGUGAGCCUCUUAUCGCUGGUGCGGAGGUUACUGGAUUCUCCAACUUGGAGGAGGAUCAGGUUCAGCUUUCUGCUGCCAUGCCCUUCAUGCUGGAGACCGAGCUGCAGCGCAUUAGUGGUGGUAAGUUCGUUAAGGCCGACGAGCCCUGGGCGCCUAAGGUCAUUACUGCCAAGACGAACGGAAUUGGUGGUGCUUUGAUUACUGGACAGAACCCCGCGUCGGCUACUGGCGUCGGUGAGGCUAUCCUCAAGGCAUUGGGACUUUAA